AUGGCGCCGGCAAAAACGAGGGAUAACAAAGAGGGAGGAGGCGGGGGAGCGAGAGACAGGGAGGACAUGGCGGCAGGGGGCGAAGGACACGAUACAGGCAAGUCGGCAGGCAAGCACGGCAGGGCAAACGAGCACAACCAUGGCGAUGAGAAGGACUUCGUCUUGGUCGAUGUGUUCUCGCAAGUCGUCAAGGUUCCCAUCAGGGCAGACACUUCGGUCUCAGACGUGUGCGACCACCUCGCAUCGCUAUACCCAGAGCUCACCCCUGAGCACCUGUACACUUGUGACGGCUGCGAGUUGAUGAUGGAGGACUUGCUGUGCAAUGUGUGUGUAGCAGGAGAACACCUGCUGCUGGCGUUGGGAGCAACCGACGAUGAGAGGAAACGGUCUACUGUGCUGAGCUCCCUCGGAAUCUUCCAUGGGGUUCCCAGGACUGCGUUUCAGCCGAUGCCAGCGAGAGUGACGUCGUCGUCCUCAUGUUCCCUCCUGACAGGUCAGUGUAUCCUCAACCCGAGGAUAGCCUCCUCCUUGAAGAAGCUCUACAUAGCAGUAGAGGGAGAGUGCCAUUCAAGCCUGACUUAUGGGUUGAGGGCUGACUCUGCCCAGAAGCCGCGCGUUCUGACGAGUGUGUGUGUGGACACGUCGAGCUUGAAGCAUCUUGUCGUGGUCGGAGGAAAGUCAAACUUGAAUAGCGUCGGGGACCUCGUCCGAUGGGUGAGGGCGAGGAUGGGAGGUAUCCCUUCCUGGGUUCGCUUGCAUGCGUACGUCUUCUCCAACCUAGGGAGUGAUGUUCGCGAGGACGAGAGUGAGAAGGAUUGGUUCGAGGAGCUGGAUGACAGCACUGCCAUCCCGGUGCUGUCCAAGAACGAGAAUCUUCUCAUCAGUACAGAGGUUACGCCAGUUGUGUUAUCGAAGAAGGAUUCAUUGGUGUGGAAGACAACUCACGACGGAGGUCAGGCGAUGUACGGAAAGAAGGCCCUUGCCUUCGAUCCCUUGAGGUUGGACGAUUUCAGCUGCCUCGUCGAGAGCCUGGCCGACUCCUUCAAUUUUUUACACAAGAUGCAGCUGUGUGCUACGGAGGUAGCAGGGGUGGGGACAUUUCUCAACGGGGAGGUUCGUUUCAAUGGUAUCCCAGUGGAAAUUCCGUCCUUGCAGGAUCUGAGGAUCACGUUGCGGAUCACCUCGCGCUCCGAGUCAGCGCACAACGGGGGGAAGAGCCUUGUACUGAGGCCUUACUUUGGGGACGAGAGUGUCUGGUGUCACCUCCCCCCUCACGGCCACGUCCUUCCCUUCUUCUUCACCGCUGGGCCUAACAUGAUCUUCACUCCGUGCUUGGAAACGAUUGACGUGCUCAGCUGGGCGACGUCUCCUCAGAUCAAAUCUUUCUCGAAGGACGAUCUCAUCAUUCUCAUUUCGAGAAUAUCAGCGCCCAGAUCCAAGCGAAGGCGCGAUGCCGAGAUGCACGAGAGCAGACCCUCAAGGCAAAGGACGCGUCAAGGACAUGUCCAGGAUCUACAUACCCCACCUGAAGAGGAAGCGGUGGAGCUGAACCCAUGGAAUGCUCGAGGGAACGAGAGGGAGAUCGCCGCGACGGAGGUAACGGAGAUGAGGAAGAGACUACAAGCAGCGCGAGAAAGCCGCGAUGGAGAGAAGAUAGCCUUUGCAGAGAUAGAUUUAGCGAAGGCGAAGCUGGGAGCAGCGAACAAGGCUGGGGACGAGAGGGUGAUCGCGGCAGCAAAAGUCGAGGUCGCGGAGGCGAAGCUGAGAGGAGAGGUCGAGGUCGCGGAGGCGAAACUGGGAGAAGCGAACAAGGCUGGGGACGAGAGGGUGAUCGCGGCGGCGAAAGUCAAGGUCGCGGAGGCGAAGCUGAGAGGGGAGGUCGAGGUCGCGGAGGCGAAGCUGAGAGAGGAGGUCGAGGUCGCGAAGGCGAAGCAGAGAGGGGAGGUCGAGGUCGCGGAGGCGAAGCUGGGAGCAGCGAACAAGGCUGGGGACGAGAGGGUGAUCGCGGCGGCGAAAGUCAAGGUCGCGGACGAGAGGGUGAUCGCGGCGGCGAAAGUCAAGGUCGCGGAGGCGAAGCUGAGAGGGGAGGUCGAGGUCGCGGAGGCGAAACUGGGAGAAGCGAACAAGGCUGGGGACGAGAGGAAGAUCGCGGCGGCGAAAGUCAAGGUCGCGGAGGCGAAGCAGAGAGGGGAGGUCGAGGUCGCGGAGGCGAAGCUGAGAGAGGAGGUCGAGGUCGCGAAGGCGAAGCUGGGAGGGGAGGUCGAGGUCGCGGAGGCGAAGCUGGGAGCAGCGAACAAGGCUGGGGACGAGAGGAAGAUCGCGGCGGCGAAAGUCAAGGUCGCGGAGGCGAAGCAGAGAGGGGAGGUCGAGGUCGCGGAGGCGAAGCAGAGAGGGGAGGUCGAGGUCGCGGAGGCGAAGCAGAGAGGGGAGGUCGAGGUCGCGAAGGCGAAGCUGGGAGCAGCGAACAAGGCUGGGGACGAGAGGGAGAUCGAGGCGGCGAUAGUCG